AUGACAGAUGCAAGUAGUUCAGCAGACGAAUCAGAUUCGACCUUAACAUCUAAUCUUUUAUCAAUCCCUUCAAGUCCAUCUAAUAAUUCAUUACACCCACCUACGAAAUCAAGAAAUAUAAAACCGAAUACGAAAAGAAUAAAUAAAGGACCGAUCCAACCUACAUCUGAACCUAAACCCACUGUCUUAGGAAGUACAAGGAAUAAAACAUUGGUACUUGAUUUAGAUGAAACUUUGAUUCAUUCGACUAGUGGUGGAGCUAGUGGUUCAGCUGUUCAUGCUGGAUUGAAGGUUAGAGUUGUUGAAGUCGUUCUAGAUGGUCGGAUUGUCGUUUAUCAUGUUUAUAAAAGACCUUGGGUUGAUUUUUUCUUGAAAACGGUUUCUAGUUGGUAUACUGUCGUGAUCUUUACGGCUUCUAUGAGAGAAUAUGCGGAUCCGGUGAUCGAUUGGUUAGAUCAAGGACGUGGAAUAAUAGAUGGAAGAUUGUUUAGAGAGUCUUGUACAAAUAUUAAAGGAUCUUAUAUGAAAGAUUUAACGAUUGUUGAAAGAGAUUUAAGUAAAGUCUGUUUAGUUGAUAAUAGUCCGAUAAGUUAUGGAUUACAUCAAGCUAAUGGAAUCCCAAUCGAAGGAUGGUUAAACGAUCCAAGCGAUGAAGGUUUAUUAGAUUUGUUACCUAUGCUUGAUAGUCUUAGGUUUACAAAAGAUGUGAGAAGGAUCUUGGGCUUAAGAGGAUUUUCUAAUCAAGUUUUAAUCAAGAAUCAAUCUUCUAAUCUUAGUCAUCAGAUCUCAAUUAAAAAAAAUUCUUGA